AUGAAGAAAUGGGUUUUCACUGUGCUUUUUUCCUUCGUAUUUUGCGUGAGGAUUGAAGCGUUCAAGUUCCAUAAAACCCAACAAACUGAGAGAAUAUCGGGUAGUGCUGGUGAUGUCUUGGAAGAUGAUCCAGUUGGAAGGUUAAAAGUUUUUGUUUAUGAGCUGCCUAGCAAAUACAACAAAAAAAUUCUGCAAAAGGACCCACGAUGCCUGACUCAUAUGUUUGCUGCUGAGAUUUACAUGCAUCGGUUCCUUCUAUCAAGCCCAGUUCGAACCCUUAAUCCUGAGGAAGCAGAUUGGUUCUACACACCUGUAUAUUCCACCUGCGACCUUACACCAAAUGGUCUCCCUUUACCAUUCAAAUCGCCACGUAUGAUGAGGAGUGCUAUACAGCUUAUUUCUUCCAACUGGCCUUACUGGAAUAGGACUGAGGGGGCUGAUCACUUCUUCAUUGUGCCACACGAUUUUGGGGCAUGCUUUCACUAUCAAGAAGAAAAGGCUAUUGAAAGAGGGAUUCUUACAUUGCUCCAACGUGCUACCUUGGUUCAAACUUUUGGACAACGAAACCAUGUUUGCUUAAAGGAUGGUUCCAUCACAAUUCCUCCAUACGCUCCUCCACAGAAAAUGCAAACCCAUUUGAUUCCUCCAAGCACUCCUAGGUCCAUCUUUGUUUACUUCCGAGGAUUGUUUUAUGAUGUGGGGAAUGAUCCAGAAGGUGGUUACUAUGCAAGAGGUGCACGAGCAUCAGUGUGGGAGAAUUUUAAGAACAAUCCUUUGUUCGACAUCUCAACCGAGCACCCAACUACGUACUAUGAAGACAUGCAGAGAGCUGUUUUUUGCCUUUGUCCACUUGGAUGGGCUCCAUGGAGUCCGAGAUUGGUAGAAGCAGUUAUAUUUGGUUGCAUCCCUGUUAUCAUAGCAGAUGAUAUUGUCUUGCCAUUUGCUGAUGCAAUUCCAUGGGAAGAUAUCGGAGUAUUUGUAGCUGAGAAAGAUGUUCCUAAGUUGGAUACAAUUCUCACUACGAUUCCCAUUGAAGAAAUUUUGAGGAAACAGAGAUUACUUGCCAACCCUUCGAUGAAACAAGCUAUGUUAUUCCCGCAACCUGCUCAAUCAAGGGACGCCUUCCAUCAGAUUCUGAAUGGCCUUGCUCGUAAGUUGCCCCAUGAUAGGAGUGUGUACUUGAAGCCAGGCGGUAAGGUCCUGAACUGGACAGCAGCUCUAGGCUCUGUUGUUUUUGCCAAGAGACUGGUGAAUCUUGAAAUUUACUGUUUCAAAUCAGCAAGGAGAAUGUUCUCUCCAUUGCAGCAAAAUUCACACUGA